AUGGCUUCUCUCCAAUCACCUUGUAGCGGCGCCGCCAUCCAGGACGACGACGACUUCACGACUGCAACCUCCUCCGGAGCUCAGACUGACGGCUCCGAACUCGCUCGGAGAAGACGACACUCCUUUAUUCAUAGACGCAAGUCCAUUGUGAACCAAAUCAUGGACGGUGAGGAGCACUUGCUACUCAAGGUUGACCUCUUCCUGACCGAAUUGGAACGUCGCCUCGAAUUCCUCGAAAACUAUGGCGAGCUUACUUUCGACUCGAGCAUAUCUCGCGCCUUUUCCACCCUCCAGACCGUCCGCGCCCGCUGCUCCCAUGCCUCGGAGGAGGUCCUCGGCGCCGGCCGCAGGCGCCUGCACAUCAUGGUAGAGACCCUCGAGGCCCGGUACCAUGGCGCCCUGGCUUCAGCCGAGUCCCUGAACGAGAAGGCCCGCGUCGGCAUCGAGCUCCUAGACGACAUGCUCACCGAGUUUGAGAACAAGGCGCACAAGUUGCGGGAGCAAGGUCUCGCCAAUGCGGCCGACACGGCAAGCGCCUUCAUGAGCGAGGGCCGAAGGGUUGUGGACGAGAGCAUCGAGCUCGCGCGGGAGGUCGUCGACGAGGGUAUCGAGAGGGCCAUGCGCGCCGCUGAGAGUCUGGAGGAGAAGAUUGCCCUCGCCGUCGCGAGGGCUAGGGAGACGAAACUCAUCACCUAUGACGACCUCCCUGUGCCGUGGCGCAUCAACCCGCAUAUUCGUGAUGGCUAUCGCUUCACCGAGUCCAAGCUCGAGUGCAUUUGGUCGGCCUUCCGCCCCUCCAACGAGCUCGUCAACAUUUGGUCCCAUGCCAUCGGCCUCUUCAUCGUCCUCGCCGUCGCCCUCUACUUUUACCCCCGCAAUAUCAACUUCCAAUUUAGUACCAAGACGGACGUCUUUGUCGCCGCCGUCUUCUUCUUCACGGCCUGCCUGACGCUGGUUUGCUCAACAAUCUGGCACACCAUGAACGCCGUCGCCGACGUUGACGCCAUCAGCAUCUUUGCAUGUGUCGACUAUACGGGCAUCUCGCUGCUCAUUGCAGCGUCCAUUGUAACGACCGAGUACACGGCCUUCUACUGCGAUCCGGUCAGCCGCUGGCUGUAUAUGGGCACGACGGCGGUGCUUGGCAUCGGCGGCGUCAUUCUCCCCUGGCACCCGACCUUUAAUGGAGCCGAGAUGGCUUGGGCCCGUGUCGCAUUUUUCUGUGGCCUCGGCGCGACAGGGUUCCUGCCGAUCCUGCAGCUCUACUUCUCCCACGGACCCGAGUUCGUUUGGGAGUUUUACACGCCGAUUGCCAAAAGUAUCUUUGUGUACUUACUCGGCGCUUUUGUAUACGCGAGCAAGAUUCCCGAACGCUGGUGCCCCGGCAUGUUUGACUACAUUGGCGGAAGCCACAACCUGUGGCAUUUGGCGGUUCUCGGCGGCAUCUUGUUUCACUACACGGCGAUGCAGUCAUUCUUUGCGAAUGCCUUUAGGCAGGCUCAGGGAGAGUGUUCCGCAUUUUGA